GGGGGGGGCGAUUUUAUUUAGGUCAUAAAUUUAUUUUAAUAUUUUUUUAAGUGGGAAGAGUACUGCAAAUGAUUACUGGUGUACUGCUGGAAUUAUACUUGCCAAUACAGCAGACCAGGCAGCACAGGGCAUACAACAUCUCAGACUACAGAUAAGGAAUAAUUGGGCUGUUGGUACUUACAGAAAACAUCUAGUCUACAUUGAAGAGUUUGGCGAUCCUUCUGAAAUCCUUGGAAAUCCUGGUUUGAACACACACUACGACGCUAAUACAGUUUAUAUCCUUGAGCUCGAUAAUACCAUCCAGGUUUAUAGGUUCAACCCUUUCCCAAACCCAGAGCUGGUUCACUUGACCAAGGCUAGACUCGAAUAUAACACAAUGCCAUUGAGCAGUAUUCUUUUUCCAGAUUUAUUCAGGAAUAUGUACGGGAAUCCUAUACACACAGUGAGCAUGGAUUGGUCUAUAUUCAUACAAAUCAGGAAAACAUCUGCUGGGUUUGAGUUUGCUGACAGUAUGGGAGAAAGGUUUAUAAAUAUAAUAAGUAAGAAAAUAAACUGCAGUUUUACAGCUAGCAGACCUUCAGACGGACUCUGGGGGUCAUUCGUAAACGGGUCUUUUACAGGUGUAGUUGGUGAAGUAGAGCGGGGACAAGCAGAUCUUACAUUUGAUCUCAGCAUAACUUAUCAAAGGAACGAAGUGGUCGACUUUCCAGAUUCUAUCAGAGGAGAUCCUCUGACAUUUGCAAUAUCUACCCCACUUCCUCUACCUCAGUCACUCAGCGUAGUCAGACCGUUUCCGAAUCCAGUUUUGUGGAUUUUUAUCAUCAUUGCUUGUGCUGCGACAGGAGUUUGCUUGUAUAUACUACAGAGAGUGUCUUCAAAAACACAUCAAGGAAUGUCAAAAUCUGAUUUAGCCAUUGGAACUAAUCUUCUUCUUUCCUUCAG